GAUGAACACACCCAAUAUUUUGUCUUCUUCUUACAAGGAUAAAUCCCCAUAGAUUUCUUGCAUUACUUACCCACCAAAAGAAAAGAAAAGAAAAAAAGACUUUUUUCUAAAUCCUUUUUGCUAACCCUAAAACCAACAAAGAAUCUGAAAUUUCACCCUCUUCUCCAUGCAAGUUUCGAGCGGAAAUAAUUUGAUGACGGAGAAGGAGGACGGGAAGAUUAGGUCGGAGGUGAAGAAGAAGAAUACUAUGACGACAGAAUCAGAUCGUCAUCGUCGUCAUCCUCAAGAUAAUCAAACACAAGAUCAAGAACAUCAACAAGAUAAAGAUCAAACAUUGCCUCCAGGGUUUAGGUUUCAUCCUUCUGAUGAAGAAUUAAUCACUUUUUAUCUAUUGAAUAAGAUAUCAGAUGCUAACUUUACAGGAAGGGCUAUAACUGAUGUUGAUCUCAAUAAGUUUGAACCUUGGGAACUACCAGGGAAGGCAAAAAUGGGAGAAAAAGAGUGGUAUUUUUUCAGCCUAAGAGAUAGAAAAUACCCAACAGGAGUGAGAACAAACAGAGCAACAAACACAGGGUAUUGGAAAACAACAGGGAAAGACAAAGAAAUAUUCAAUUCCAAUACUUCUGAGUUAAUUGGAAUGAAGAAGACAUUGGUUUUCUAUAAAGGCAGAGCCCCAAGAGGAGAAAAAACCAAUUGGGUUAUGCAUGAAUAUCGCCUUCAUUCCAAAACUGCUUUCAGAACUGCUAAGGUAAUUAAUAUAUUUUUUUUCUUUUCAUUUUUUCAUUUUUCGCUGUUUAUUAUUAUUAUUAUUUUGUUUAAAUGGUAA